AAUGAUUUUUGUAAGUUUUUAUAAUAAUAAUCCCCACAAAAAUCCAUUCCCUCUUUCUGUAUAACCUGAAUUCUAUUCAACCCCGAUGAUGUACAACAAGUUUUGAUUUCUCCCUGCGACCACCUUCAACUGGGUCCUCCACUUUUCCAUGUAGAAGUUUCCUGUUUCAUUCGGGGGGGAGAAAGAGUCAAUCGAUUCCUUCUGGGUUCUUUUUAUUUCGCCCAAUUUCACUGAUCAUGGCGACGACGACGACGACGACGACUUUUCUUUCUCAAUCUCCAAAAGGGUUGUAGUUUCUUCAUCAAUUAUUUGGCUUCUCUUUACUUUGAGCCAUGCUGUAGUUCGUCGUCCGUGAGUUUUCUGGAAUCGAGAAGUUGAUCGCCAUGCUGUUGCUAUGUGGAAGGUCUGAUGAUUCACAGGUAAUAAUUGGAGAUGAAGCAGUUUAGAAAGAAACCACUUUCAAUCUGAAAUACAACUCUACGACUUUACUGUUGCAAAACGUGUGUCAGAUUGCUAGUCAUAGGAAUAACAGUUCAGAGAUUGAUUGCAGCAAAAGGAGAAGCAAUAAUUUGAGAUGAAGCAUUUUGAAAAUGGUGGAUCUGACUUGGAAGAGGGUAAAAUGGGAAAGGAAAAAGACAAAGCAUUACGCAAUAAUAGGGACCAGGCCUUAUUGUCUGGCCUUGCAUACUGUGUUUCCUCCUGCAGCAUGAUACUGGUUAACAAGUUUGUGCUUUCCAGUUAUGACUUCAAUGCCGGGAUAUCGUUGAUGGUCUAUCAGAAUCUUGUAUCGGUGAGUAUUGUAACCAUAAUGAGCUUUAUGGGCAUAAUAUCCACAGAACCACUCACAUGGAGACUAGUUAAAGUGUGGUUGCCAGUAAAUAUUAUUUUUGUUGGGAUGCUCAUUACUAGUAUAUUCAGUUUGAAAUACAUUAAUGUUGCUAUGGUCACAGUUCUGAAGAAUGUUACCAAUGUAAUAACUGCAGUUGGUGAAAUGUAUCUAUUUGGCAAGCAUCAUGACAACAGGGUCUGGGCUGCACUAUUCCUCAUGAUAAUCUCGGCAAUAACUGGGGGACUUACUGAUCUAUCUUUUCAUGCUGUUGGCUAUACAUGGCAAAUUAUCAACUGCUUCUUGACUGCUUCAUAUUCUCUGACUCUACGAAGGAUAAUGGAUACAGCCAAGCAAAUAACCAAAUCAGGAAACUUGAAUGAAUUCUCCAUGGUCCUGCUAAAUAACACUCUUUCUAUUCCUCUUGGGAUAUUUCUUGGUUUUGUGUUUAAUGAGACUGAUUAUCUCUCAAGAACGCCGCUUUUGAGAUCACCGAUGUUCUGGCUGGUGAUGACAUUCAGUGGUGUUUUGGGUCUAGGAAUUAGCUUCACGUCCAUGUGGUUUCUUCGUCAAACUGGGGCAACAACGUACAGUCUUGUGGGGUCAUUGAACAAGAUCCCUCUCUCAGUUGCUGGUAUCUUACUUUUCAAGGUCCCAACGAGCAUGGAGAACUCCACGAGUAUAUUUUUCGGGCUUUUAGCUGGUGUUUUUUUUGCAAGAGCCAAAAUUCGAGAGAGAAGUUAAUGUUCGAUGGCGAUAUCCGAAAAAAAGAACUUUCCUUGACGUGGUGAACAUAGAACUACCUCGACUGUAAUUUGGAAUAGAAAAUGGGUAGCUAUAUCUCCAUAGCUGCAGUUCAUUGUUUGUUGGGUGGGUUGUUUCAGCUUUAUAAUUGGCAUGAAGCUGAAGAGAUUUGUGUUGAAAUGCUACUUUGAUUUAGGUUUGUUGUAUGGAAGGAAGGAAGGAAGGAAAGACAAUGCAGCCCACUGGUUAUUGUUUGUUUCAUCAAUUGACUCUUCUUGUUCUGUGUUC